CAGCACUGUCAGUUUUGGACAAUUUGUCAGAAAAUUUUUUUAAGUGCGUUUGUCGUGAAAUUUCUAAUUGUUUGUUUUCAAUUAUUAGUCACGAAAAGUAAGCCAUAAUAACCAAUAAAAAAUAGUGCGUUCCCCUUUCACAUGUGCAUCGUUCCCUAGCGAACAGUAGCGAAACAGGAAAAGGCUCUAUAAUAUCGUAAACGAAAAAUAAUUAUUGUAACGACCAAGUGUAUACUAAAGUAAAUAGAUAAUUCACAAACUGUAAACAUGUCCAGCUUACCACGUCGCAUCAUCAAGGAAACUCAACGCUUGAUGCAGGAGCCUGUGCCCGGCAUUAAUGCCAUUCCUGAUGAAAACAACGCACGCUACUUUCAUGUUAUUGUAACGGGUCCAAAUGAUUCGCCUUUCGAAGGUGGCGUUUUUAAAUUGGAAUUAUUCUUGCCCGAAGAUUAUCCCAUGUCAGCGCCAAAAGUACGUUUCAUUACCAAAAUUUAUCAUCCGAAUAUAGAUCGUUUGGGACGCAUUUGCUUGGAUGUACUCAAGGACAAGUGGAGUCCAGCAUUACAAAUUCGUACAAUUCUGCUUUCAAUUCAGGCGCUUUUAAGUGCACCCAAUCCAGAUGAUCCACUAGCAAAUGAUGUCGCAGAAUUGUGGAAGGUGAACGAGGCUGAGGCCAUCAAGAAUGCACGUGAAUGGACUCAGAAAUAUGCCGUCGAAGACUGAAGUGCAAAGUGAAGUGUUUGCAGCAGAAAACGAACGACGAUGAACACGAGCGGUGGAGCUGCAUGGAGUGUGGCGGGGGUUUGGGCAUAACAUGAGAUCAACACGUGAAUACAACGGCUUUUUGUUGGUAAACAAGUGAUGGGGUGGGGGAACACGGCGUAGUUGUAUUGUGUGUGAAACAUGAAAUGGAAUUAUAUAAUAACAAUUAAGUA